AUGGCGCUCCAGAGCUGUGGCUUCCCGGUGGAUGCCUCGGCUGUGGUUGGUGCUGCCCUGUUGGUGGAUGAUGCUGCCGUGGUGGUUGACUCGUUGGUCGGGGUGUCUCCCGAUGCCGGAGCUCGACCUUUGGACAUCGAGUCGGCACUAGGUGCGGACGACGCUGCAGACUUCCAUGGCUCGUCGCUAUGGGUAUUCUCUCCCCGCGCGAGCUCGUGGAGCAACUCUGGAGGUCGUGAGGUUCUCUCCCUGUUCGAAACGAGUUCGUCUUUCCUCACGCCCUCCGAAGGCUCCUCCUCGACGGCAUACCCGCGCGCCUCGACUUCCUCCUCGAUCCCCUCGCCGCUCAGCUUGCCGCCGACGCCCGGCUUGUCGGCAUCCUCCGUCCGCACAGGCCGCAUGUCGCAGUACAGGCCCAAGAAGCCGCCUUUGGAUUAG